UUGUGCACGCUUUCUGCUGUCAAACUACACCUCUAUUUGGAAAAAAUAUCGAAUUGGAAAACGACAGCGACGAAAAAUAGCUACGAAUUAUAAGUAAAAUAUUCCAAGUAAAAAAUAGAGAAAAUAUAUACAAAUAAAAAUGUACGAGUUAAAAACACUUUUGCCGGAAUAUGAUAUACAAUUACCUACUUGCAUGUACCCAAUGAAGGUGCUCAACUCCUCGGCGAAAGGAGCGGCUUCAAAAGCUGGCGCAAGCAACGGUUUUUGUAGUGGCAAUGUUAAUUAUAACGCCACGUCCGCUGACUCCAUCGAUGUGCCGAAGAAAAAUGUGUGCGUGCUUGAUUUGGACAAUUUAAGUGCAAAAAUCCAGAAUUUACUCAAGUCCUCAAAUGACGUCGCCACAGUUUCUGCCCGCCAAGCGAAAGUUCUAAAGCAACUUCAGGAACUCAAACAACAAAUGGCCAAUAUACGUACAACUCUUGGUCUUUGCCAAAAAGGAGCAGAGUCUACAGUGCAGCCAAUUUUGCAAAAUGCAGGCUUGCGAGAGGAACCACUGCACGAUAUUGUUAUUAAUGGACAUCCCAUGUUCAUACCCUAUGCUUUAUUAGCGCUCAAGAAUGCUUGGAAAGAUCGCUUUACUAUUGAUGUGAAAACGUUUAAGCAUUCUACGAUACCAGAUAUUGGAGGAGAAGCAACCGAAUUCGAAAAAAAACUAGCACAAGUGAAAAUUGAUCCAUCAAAGCCGAAAGUGAACGUCUCACUCAUUUGGAAAAAUUGUGAACACACUGAAAUGAUAAGCUCUCCCACCAUGUACGUGCCCAUUUACGGCGAAGUGAAUAUUAUUCGGUAUUUGGGUCGUGUCGGUCCAAUUGCUUAUCGUUAUGAAAACUCGCCUAACUGCAAUGAAAUUGAUGCUGUACUCGACAUCUGCUAUCAGCUUUUGCGCUGUAAUACGAGUAGGAGUCGCGCUUCAAUGCUGCGUGCGCUUGAUCUGCGGCUGGGCAAACAAAAAUAUUUUGGUGGUGACGAAAUAUCAAUUGCAGACAUCGGCGUCCAUAGUUCACUAAAACGCUUGCCUGUAAUAAAAUCUGCUGACCUUACGUCGGCCUUGACUGGGUGGCGGAAACGUGUGCAACUUAUUACACAAUUGUAAAGUAAUUUUGAUGUUUGAUCACACUAUGUUAUUUUCGUAAUUACAUUUAAAUUAACUUAAAAAAAUGUUUUGGUAAAAAAGUUGACUUUAUUGCAAAUUAAAAAUGCGCAUUGUAUGCAUA